AUGGGUGACAUGUUCGACUGGAUGAAGGAAUUUUUGGAGAUCAAGAGUACCCUUUCUUCUAAGAGGGCCAGAGUUUCAUCACCAGGUCUUGUACCUAUGGCUGAAGACGUCAUUUCAUUAGAAUACAGUUCCUCCUCAUCUGAUGAAGAUGAUGCCACUUACCUUUUUCCUGCUGAGAAGACGUUGGGGAGCCCUUCUGGAGGAGAAUCCAGUACAAGGUACCUGGAGUCCGCAGGAGAGGCUUCUCUGAUCCAAUAUGAGAGAAUUGAGAGCAGUUCGUCUCGCUCUCUACCACUUUGCUCCUCUUAUCCGCGGGAAGGCGGUCAGAAUGAUGAAAGGCCGCUAGUGACCACGAAAUAUGGACAACUACGGGGCGUUACGGUGCCGGUAAAGGAAACAUCAAGAGUCGUUGAUGUAUUUUAUGGAGUCCCUUUUGCACAGCCUCCAGUCGGACCUCUGAGAUUUGCUAACCCAGAACCUGCUGAACCCUGGAGCUCUGUUAGAGACGCCUCUGAGUAUCCCAACAUGUGUAUACAGGCAGCAGGGUUUAUGACUGAAUCAAAAGCAUCUUACCAAUCCUCCAUUGUGCUGCCCCCGAUCUCAGAGGACUGCCUGUACCUGAAUGUGUAUACUCCAGCCAACAGAGACCAGAAAACCAAAUUACCUGUCAUGUUGUAUAUACAUGGUGGUGGGCUGGUGUUUGGGACGGCCAGUACAUAUGAUGGCUCUGCACUUACCGCCCAUGAGAAUGUAGUGGUUGUGUCCAUACAAUACAGGCUGGGGAUCCUAGGAUUCCUCAGUACUAGAGAUGACCAGUUACCUGGUAAUUAUGGGCUUCAGGACCAAGUGGCUGCUCUCAGAUGGGUACAGGAAAACAUUGCCGAUUUCGGUGGUGACCCCGAGUCCGUCACUACAUUUGGUGAAUCUGCCGGUGCGCUCAGCGUCUCUGCUCUUAUGCUCUCUCCCUUAGCCAAUGGUCUGUUCCACCGCGCCAUCGCAGAGAGCGGAGCAGUAACAAAGCCAGGCUUUGUGGUCAGUAAUUCUGAAGAUCUCAUCCCCUACCAGAAAAAAGUAGCAGAGAUAUCAGGCUGUGAUCUCGCCUCUAUAGCCAACUGUCUGAAGAAGAAAUCAGAAGAGGAGUUUCUCGCGAUGGCCGAAGCAAUGGGCAUGCUGCCUCCCUCAGCAUGUGUGGACGGGGUUUUUCUUCCUAAAGCAGUAGAGGAGAUCUUGGCUAACAAGGAAGGAAACAAGGUCCCGCUUCUCAUUGGAAUCAACAAUCAUGAGUUCAGCUGGAUGCUUCCAAAGCUAUAUAAUAUAACAGGGAUAACAGGCAGAAUGACGAGGGAGACAAUGAUGCUGAAGGUCCAAGAUGCGUUACCGAGUCUGAGUCCUGACGUCAUCCCUCUCGCUGUUGACGAGUAUCUUGGUAACAUCACUGAUCCACUGAAGAUUCGUGAUCGCUUUCUGGACUUGUGUGGUGAUGUAAAGUUCGUUAUACCGGCUCUUGAGACUGCAAAAUACCAUCAAGAUAUGGGGCUCCCCAUCUACUUUUAUGAGUUCCAGCAUGCACCAACCUUGCUGGCGCAUGUGAGACCAAACUUUGUGAGGGGCGAUCACUCCGACGAGCUCAUCUAUGUGUUUGGAGGACCCUUCCUGAGGGACGGUGCAUUCUAUUCUGGGCCUGCAACUCCUGAAGAGAAAUCCCUGAGCAAGAAGUUUAUGAAAUAUUGGGCGAACUUUGCUCGGACUGGGAACCCCAAUAGUCCCGACCUCACAACAUGGCCGCAGUACAGUACAGGAGAACACUAUAUGGAGAUGAACUUAAAUCUGAAAUCAUCUUCAAAGCUGAAGGAGAGAAAGUACAAGUUCUGGACUAGGAUCCUUCCAGAGAAAAUCCAGUCCCAGAAAGCGACUGGAGAUGAUCGUGCAGACCUGUAGAUCCUGACAUAGAAACUUCCUACACAUUGAA